AUGACCAAGGACACAAUAGAACUUUCUCCUUCUCACCUGGAGUACAUUAACACUAAUUUGUCGACAAAGACUGCUGAAGAAAUUCUUCAAUGGUCACUGACAACUUUCCCCGGUCUUUUCCAGACCACAGCAUUUGGUCUUACUGGCCUUGUUAUUCUCGAUAUGAUUUCAAAGAUUUCGCCAGGCGCGCACCCAAUCGACUUAAUAUUCAUGGACACACUUCAUCACUUUAAGGAGACUCUAGAGCUCGUUGACCGGGUAAAGGCCAAGUAUCCCCAAAUUCAAAUUCACAUUUACAAGCCUGAGGGUGUCAACACUGAGGAGGAGUUUGCUAGAGAGUACGGCGAGAAGCUGUGGGACACCAAUGACACUUUCUACGACUACCUUGUCAAGGUUGAGCCUGCUUCACGGGCGUAUGAAGACCUUGGGGUCAAGGCAGCUAUUACUGGUCGUCGCCGAAGCCAAGGCGGUGCCCGUGCCAAGCUUCAAGCAGUUGAGUAUGAAGCUGACACAAAACUCAUUAAGAUUAACCCAUUGUUCAAUUGGACUUUCCAACAAGUUCAACAAUAUAUUAAAGAAAACGACAUUCCAUACAAUGCUCUGCUGGACCAGGGCUACCGGUCUGUUGGUGACUACCACUCGACGGUUCCUGUGAAGGAGGGUGAGGAUGAGCGUGCAGGUAGAUGGAAAGGCAAGCAAAAGACAGAGUGCGGAAUUCAUGAGACUUCUCGGUUUGCUGAAUUUCUGGCGGCUCGCAAUCAGCAGCCUCAAGCUCAAAGCUAG